AUGGCUACCCUCAUUGCUCCCAACCACCACUCUCCCCAAGAAGAUGCUGAAGCUCUCAGAAAGUCUUUUGAAGGAUGGGGUACUGACGAGAAAACGAUCAUAACAAUAUUGGGUCAUAGAACUGUUCAUCAGAGGCAACAAAUCAGAAGAGCUUAUGAGGAAAUUUACCAGGAGGAUCUUGUGAAGCGCCUAGAGUCUGAGAUCAAAGGAGACUUUGAGAGAGCUGUGUACCGAUGGGUACUGGAGCCUGCAGAUCGUGAUGCUGUUUUGGCCAAUGUUACGAUCAAGAGUGGCAAAAACUACAAUGUCAUCGUGGAAAUUUCCACUAUCCUCUCUCCAGAAGAGCUUCUCGCUGUGAGACGGGCUUAUCUCCACCGCUACAAACACUCCUUGGAAGAAGAUCUUGCAGCACAUACCACUGGCCAUCUACGCCAGCUUCUAGUGGGGUUGGUAACCUCAUUCAGGUAUGUUGGUGAUGAGAUCAAUCCAAAAUUGGCCCAAAAUGAGGCUGAAAUUCUUCAUGAUGCUGUGAAAGAGAAGAAGGGUAGCUAUGAAGAGGCCAUCAGGGUCUUGACUACAAGGAGCAAGACUCAACUGGUUGCAACUUUCAACCGCUACAGAGAGAUCCAUGGCACUUCCAUCUCCAAGAAACUGGUGGAUGAAGGAUCUGAUGAGUUUCAGAAGGCAUUGUACACCACCAUUCGUACCAUCAAUGAUCAUGUUAAGUACUAUGAAAAGGUGGUGAGAAAUGCAAUCAAGAAGCUUGGAACUGAUGAGGAUGCAGUCACCCGGGUGGUUGUGAGCAGGGCUGAGAAGGAUCUGAAGAUAAUCUCAGAGGUUUACUACAAGAGAAACAGUGUUCUUCUUGAGCAUGCUAUUGCCAAGGAAACCUCAGGGGAUUACAAGAAGUUCCUCCUCACUUUGUUGGGGAAAGAAGACUAA